AUGACCGCAAGCUCACCGCCACCACCGUCCUCAGCCCACGCAUUCGCAAAGAUAGUAGCUUUCUCUCUCCUCACAUUAGCCCUCCUCCUCCUCUUCAGACUCUUCUCUCUCCACCCCGACGUGGCCCAGAACCUCCACCUCUCCUUCUUCAACUCGGCCCCCUCCGCCGGCCCCUCCUCCCCUCCGCCGUCGCCGCCGCCUACGAACAAGCCUCCGGCGGCGGUGGUCGAGCGCACCGGGAUCGUGAACGAAUUGGGUAUCAUGACCGACGACUUCGUGGUGGGGGAAUUUGACGAGGGCAUGAUUGAGAGUGUUGUGGUGGACUUCAAUAGCAGCGUUGUGAAGGGAAAAAGUGACGGCGAGGAUAAAAAGGUUGUUAAAGUUGAAAAAUUUAGGAUUUGUGAAGGGAUUGUAGGUGAUUAUGUGCCCUGUUUGGACAAUGUGGGUUUGAUUACGAGGUUUAAUUCAUCGGUCGAAGGUGGAAAUGAUGAGAGGGGCUGUCCUGAGAAGGUGAAGGUUUUGGAUUGUUUGCUGCCUUGGCCUAAAGGGUAUAAGCUUCACAUUGCGUGGCCGAAAAGCCGGGAAGAGUUGUGGUUUGCCAAUGUACCUCAUACACCUCUUGUUGAAGCCAAUGGAGGUCAAAAUUGGAUAUCGAAAAAAGGCGAUAAAAUCAUAUUAUCCGGACAUGAACCUCCAUUUAUCAAUGGUGUCAACCAAUACUUGGACCAGAUAUCCAAGAUGGCUCCUGAAAUAAAAUUCGGGCAACGUACACGGGUUGCUCUGGAUGUUGGCUCGGGCAUUGCGAGUUUUGGUGGAUACUUGAUGGAUCGAAAUGUGACGACCCUUUCUAUAGAUUCGAAAGAUUUUUCUAAUAAUCAGAUACAAAUUGCACUCGAGAGAGGUGUACCUGCAAUGUUGGGUGCAUUUGGAAAGCUUGGUUUGCCUUAUCCAAGCCAAGCUUUCGACUUGGUCCAUUGUGCUAGACCUGGAGUUAAUUGGACUAGUGAAGGUGGAAUUUUGCUUCUCGAGGCAAAUAGGAUUCUAAGAGCUGGAGGAUACUUUGUAUUUGCAGUAUCGUCUGUUGAUAAAGGUGAAAACAAACUAGUUGAAGAUAUGUUUUUACUGUGGAAUUCCCAUAUGGAGAAUCUGACGAGCAAGCUUUGUUGGGAGUUAGUUAAUAAGAAAGGUGACAUUACUAUUUGGCAGAAGCCUCUAAAUAACAGCAGCUAUCAAAACCGUGAUCGUUAUGUACAACCUUCUCUAUGCGACCCUGAAGACAAUCCAGAUGAUAUAUGGAAUGCAACUUUGAAGGAAUGCAUCACAAGAUUACCCGAAAACGGUUAUGGAGCUAACAUUACCAGCUGGCCCGCUCGCCUGCACAGUCCACCGGACAGGCUUUUUACCAUACCAAUGGAUGCUUACAAAUCGAGGAAAGAUUUGUACAAAGCGGACUCGAAGUAUUGGAAUGAUAUCGUGAGUGGUUACAUUAAUGCUUUUCAUAUCCACAAGAUGAACGUACGAAACGUGAUGGACAUGAGAGCUAGAUAUGGAGGGUUUGCAGCAGCUUUAGCAGAUUUUCAGGUUGAUAGCUGGGUUAUGAAUGUUGUUCCUGUUAGUGGUCCAAACACACUGCCUGUGAUAUUCGAUCGUGGUUUAAUAGGCGUGAUGCACGAUUGGUGUGAACCAUUCAACACAUAUCCAAGAACAUAUGACCUGCUGAAUGCUGCUGGCCUUUUCUCGGCAGAACAGAAAAGAUGUAAUAUAACAAGCAUCAUGGUUGAGAUGGACCGUAUACUAAGACCAGGUGGACGAGUGUAUAUACGAGACCUUAGAACCGUUGUCGAACAACUUGAAGAAAUUGCAAAGGCAAUUGGAUGGGUAACGUUCUUGUUCGACUCUGGAGAGGGUCCACACUCUAACUGGAUGCUUCUAACUGGCGAAAAACGAUUGUAA